AUGCCUUCCGAGACAUUGGUCGAUAACGAAGAUUUGUUCGAGGAUCCAGAGAACCAGGGAAUCAUCCCUGAACUGCUCAUCACCACCGAAAAGGGUAUCAACAAGGAGCAUCAACCAAAGACGAAUACUGGAGCUAUCCCAAAGGACAAACCAGUAUACCCACAUAUCAAAACUCGAGAGAGCUGGGCAGACAUGUCAGCUCCCCUGAGUAAAAAGGAGGAGUUCCAGACGCGACUUCUCCUACGCAAGGCAUCAACAACAGAGACAUCAACAAAGGCUCCUCCGAGAAAUAACUGUGCCUUCUGCACAGGAAGACACUACAUCGCGAGUUGCGAGAAGUUCAUCGCACUCUCACCAAUCAAACGAGUCGACAUCAUCAUCAGCAAGCGGUUGUGCUUCAACUGCUUGGGGCCACACCUACUGAGCAGGUGCACCUGCCUGAAGAGCUGCUACAAAUGCAAGGCCUUCGGACAGGAAAAACGUCACCAUACUCUACUCCACGGAGGCCACGUGGAUUUAAUGGAAGACGCUGGGCAGCUGACGAAGUUCAACCUGGCAACACCAGCGCCCACACCAGCGGCAGAGGAAUCGACACAUCAAUUAUCGAAAUCAACGGAUUCAACGGCCACUGAGAGGAUUUACGCCCCCCUGAGUCAAGUCGAAGAAUCAACUCAACAGCAGAGAUCAACUGCAACAGUGAACCUCAACAAUCAGCGGAUCAGUGCGCAAGAGAACAUCAACGAGAAUCAGAAAUCACCAGCCAUCAACAGUAAUCAACGGCACUCAACGCAACCAUCUGUGCUGCUAGCCACGGCGCUAGUAAAAGCAGCAUCACCACGAGGAUAUCUGAUCGACGCCAGGGUGCUAAUCGAUCAAGGCUCAGAAAUAUCGUUCAUCACCGACAAUCUAGUUCAUCAACUCCACCUGAAACGAGCACAUUCAACGCUCGAACUAAUCGGAAUCGGUGGAACACCUUCAGGGACCACGAGAGGAGUGGUGCCAGUCGUGCUGCACUCACCGAUUGGAAAUCAACAAGUUGAAAUCACCGCACACAUCUUGAAGAAACUCACCACACGACUGCCAUCAUUCUCAUGUUCAACGGCGAGGAUCGGCUCACUACAGGAUCUUCAACUAGCCGAUCCAGAUUAUCUAAAGCCUGGACCAAUCGACAUCAUUAUCGGAUCAGACAACUAUGGGCGGAUCAUCAAAGAAAAGGUUAUCAAAUCGACAUCAACUCAACUAGUUGGCCAACAAACAGCAUUUGGUUGGAUAAUAUCAGGUCCAAUCAACUGCCAAGGCUGUUCACCGAGAAUCUCCUUAACUGCAGUACGGAGUUCCGCGAACGAACAGCUACUAGAGCUUCUCCAAAAAUUCUGGGUCCAGGAAGAAAUCAACAAUGCAAUGGAGUGUCAUGAGCUAUCACCAGAGGAUCACCAGUGCGAGAUGCACUUUCAAUCGACGCACUCCAGAGACGAGACCGGGCGCUAUGUUGUGAGGCUCCCCCUGAAAACCUCAGCAACAGCCCUCGGUGACUCGAGGCUCAAAGCAACACGUCAACUACACUCGGUAAUGAGACGCCUACAAAAGGAUGGGCCGUACUCAGCCCUGUACAAGGCCUUUAUCAGAGAGUAUCAUCAGUUAAAUCACCUUCAAGAAGCACCAGAGACUCCAGAACCCUCCCCAGCCUAUUAUCUACCGCACCACGGGGUUCUGAGAGACGAUGCCAUCACCACGAAACUACGAGUCGUAUUUAACGGCUCCAGCGCGAGCUCAACAGGAAUCUCAUUGAACGACAUUCUCUAUUCUGGAGGAAAACUGCAAGUGGAUGCAGUCAACGUCCUCACAUGGGUGAGGAAACAUCAGUUCGUUUUUGGGACAGACAUCGUGAAGAUGUUUCGCCAAAUUCGGGUUCAUCAAGACGAUUGGGAUCUGCAACGAAUUUUGUGGCUCAAUGAAGACAAUGAAGAGAUCACCUAUCAACUGACCACAGUCACCUAUGGGCUCAACUGUUCACCAUGGAUAUCACUAAGAGUCCUUCAACAACUGGUGGAGGAUGAAGGUCACCGCUUCCCAGCAGCAGUAGAGACACUCAGAAAAGGUCGCUACGUAGACGAUAUCUACGGCGGUGCCGACUCCAUCGAUCAACUAAAAGAAAUCGCUACUCAACUACAAGGACUUUGCGAAGCCGGUGGCUUCCCACUCCAAAAAUGGAGCAGCAACUCACCAGAAGCUCUUCAACAAUUAGGCCUCUCACCACAGAACUCAACAGUGCAUUUCGAAGAAGCAAUCACCAAGGUCUUAGGCCUUUGCUGGCAGCAGUCAACCGAUACAUUCAAAUACAAGGCCAAGAACUUCACCUCAAAGACGUUCACCAAGAGAUCAGUGCUAUCAGAGAUCGCCCAAAUCUUUGAUCCACUGGGAUUCAUCGCUCCAGUUGUCAUCCUUGGCAAAAUCUUCAUCCAAAGUCUAUGGAGAUUGAAACUUAAAUGGGAUGAUCCCUUGCCAACGGACUACGUACGACAAUGGAGGAAAUUUCGAGCGGAAAUCAACGAGCUAGAUAAGAUCUCAAUCCCGAGAUGGCUCAGACUGUCAACAGAAUCGAUCAACAUACAACUCCACGGGUUCGCCGAUGCAUCCAAAUCGGCAAUGAGCGCAGUAGUCUACAUCAGAUCAAAGAAACUCAACGAACCGACCUCAACAAUCAUCGUAUGUGCAAAAACGAGGGUGGCACCACUCAAAGAAAUGACCAUCCCUCGCCUCGAACUCACCGCUGCACUACUGCUCACCCGCCUUGCAAAGACAACUCACCAAAUGCUAGAACUCAACAACGUGGAAACUCACCUCUGGUCAGACUCAUCUGUUGCUCUGGCGUGGAUAAGCAGUCAUCCCUCACGCUGGAAGGAAUUUGUCCACAACAGAGUAGCAGAAAUCCAAAAGACGUUGCCAGAAGCAACAUGGAGGCACAUCAGUGGAAAGGAAAAUCCAGCAGAUUGUGCCUCAAGGGGGAUCUCAACAAAUCAACUCAUCGAACAUCCACUCUGGUGGUCAGGACCUGACUGGCUUAAUCUAGAGCCAGACCAGUGGCCACAAUCAACAAUAGACGUCCCUGCAGAGGUCUCAAUGGAAGCGAAACCAUCACCAGCUCAUCCAGUCGCAGCUGAGGUCAACGUCAACGCACUAGCAGAGUUGCUAGACAGAUACUCAACACUAUCAAAGGUGCUGCAAGUGUCAGCGACCAUCAACAGGGCAAUCAAUAGGUUCAGAAGGCAACCAACACCCCAGACACCAGUCCUCACACCUGACGAACUCAAUAAGGCUCGGCUAUUCUGGGUAAAACUAACACAAAAACAAUUCUUUGCUUCAGCAAUAAGGACCCUCAGGAGAGACCAUCAACUGCCAACGGGACAUCAACUUGCCAAGAUGACCCCAUUCCUAGACGAGCUAGGAAUCAUGAGAGUCGGAGGACGACUCAGAAACGCUCAACUAGACGCUGACGAGAUGCACCCCAUCAUACUGCCUCGCCAGUCGCGACUCACCACACUGGUCAUCAACGAAGCUCACCAACGAGCACUCCACGGAGGAACUCAACUCACGUUGGCAAUCACCCGCCAAAAAUACUGGAUAAUUGGCGGCAGAGGCACUGUUCGAUCCCACAUCCUACACUGUGUCAUCUGUACCAGAUAUCGGGCUCAACGAGCCCAACAGCUGAUGGGACAACUUCCCACAGCAAGAGUAUCACCAUCAAGAGCAUUCCUCCACACAGGGGUGGAUUAUGCUGGUCCAAUGCCCAUACUUAAGUGGAGACCAACAAAUGCUCAACCAGCCGCGGUGCACAUCGCAGUCUUCGUCUGCCUGAGCACAUCAGCAGUGCAUCUGGAGCUGGUCACGCGUCAAAGCACAGACGCAUUCAUCGCAGCAUUCAAGAGAUUCACCGGGAGAAGAGGAAUCCCCCAAGUGAUGUAUAGUGACAACGGAAGCAACUUUGAAGGAGCUGCUGGAGUCCUACAUCGAUUAUACAACGAGGAAUCACCAGAGAAUCAACAAAUCCAAGCUGCACUUGCCACAAAUGGAACUCGCUGGAGCUUCAUCCCACCACGAGCACCCCAUUUUGGUGGCAAAUGGGAAGCAGCGGUGAAAUCAACGAAAUAUCACCUGAAACGUACGCUGGGAACAACGACACUCACCUAUGAAGAGCUCAACACCAUCUUGAUCCAGAUCGAGGCCUGCCUAAACUCCAGGCCGAUCUCACCAAUGUCUGAUGACCCAGACGACCUUCAAGCGCUCACCCCAGGACACUUCCUGAUAGGUGAGCCACUUCAACUGAUCCCAGAGCCAUCCUACUUGGAUGACAAUCCAUCCAAGAUGCAUCGGUGGAACGUAAUCACCCAGAAAAUUCAACAAUUCUGGUCAAGAUGGUCAAAAGAAUGUCUUCAACGAUACCUGGCCAUCUACAAGUGGAAUCAACGCCAGGAAAAUAUCAAGGUUGGAGACAUGGUGCUAGUGGUGAACGAAAACUUUCCACCAGCAAGGUGGCCACUAGCACGAGUCACCGCAGUUCACCCGGGAGACGACGGACUCACCAGAGUAGCGACUGUCAAGACAGCCUACUCAGAAGUAGCCAGGCACGCGGACGGUACGCCUAAUCCAGAGAGGUACCAAACACGAGUCAGCACCUGGGAUCGACCCAUCACCAAACUCUGCCUGCUACCAACAGAACAACUGCAAGAAGAUCAACAAGAACUUCAAGGGGACUCCCAGGAAUCACAGGACUGAGAGAUAUCAUCAAACAAGAACUCAACCCACCAGAAAUCAACUCAGAAACUCGACAGUCAAUCAACAGAAUAAAUUCACCACCUCCGAUUGUGAAUUGCCCCCGGGAUGUUUAGAAUUAAGAUAAUCUCGGGCAGUUUCAACGGAAAAUAAUUAUCGGAAAACUCCGGCAAUGAUCGUAACCUGUCGGUCAACGGUCACCAGCCGAAAUCUAUCACUCAUCUUUGAAAAAUCACCCCACUCACCUAGAGUCUAUCAUCGACCUUCACCGCAGAAGGUUCGCUAUCGAAACUCACCGCGAAAUCAACUAAAUUGUACAUCAACAUAAUUUAACCGUACAUCACCUAAUCAACUUGUAAAGACUGUAAUAACCCGCAUUGAAAUUGACCACGCGUUUUAAUAAAUUAACAAAUCGUUGUGUGUGAUAA